AUGCAAGAGUGUGACAAAAGCCAAGCGAGAAAAAUGCCAGCCAGCACAUGCAAAUAAUUGUCUAAAAUGAGCACUGAUUUUUUUUUCGGUCUCUCCUUCUCUCUUCUCUCUUUCUCUCUCGCACGAAGAAACAAAAAGGUGAGUAAGGAGCCGGAGAAAAAUGCAGAUAUAAAAUCAUACGAUGCCAGGCAGCUAAUAAUUGCAUUGACUAAAUAUAUAGUGAGACACACACAGAGAGAAAGAGUGAGUGUGUAACGGAACAUUGUGUCUACGUCGUACACAACACAAUGUUUAAUGCUCAUGCAUAAUAAGAAAUGGCAACAACAAACAUCGUCACCACUUCACGUCGAAGAGUUGCACACAUAAAAUAUUCAGCCGCACUGCAGAGUAUUUCUCAUUCAGUGUUUGUCAUUCGUGUAUUGAAGUGUGUUUUAAAUAAAUUAGCUCAACAUUUUGUCACUCAUUUCAACGAGACGUACGGCAACUUUGUUGAAAUUCGCUUCCGCACAACUUUCAAUUUAAUUUCGUGUGUUGGCAUUCGGUCGAUUUUAUAUGUGUGCAUAGGAAUUUUGUGUUAGAAUAGAAAAAAAUAAAAUAAAACCGAAAACCAAAUAAGUAUGGCUUGUGAUAUAAUUACCGAGAAUCUAAUCAAAGGAAUUAUUGUGACCCAUUCGCGUACCGGCAUAACUUUGCAGCAGAUUUCAAAUAUUUAUUAUGAAUGUGUCGGCGAACGCUGGUCGUUGCUAAAAGGCGGUGAAGAGCACGCGAUUCGAUACUUGGACCAAAUUGAAGGUAUUUUAUCGAUUGUUAAUGAAAAACACGAAACGGUCUGGUAUGUGCGUGGCAAAACGUUUCAUGGCGAAAAGUGUGGCCAAAUUUAUCGUGCAAACAGUCAGACAAAGUCGGAUUUUGAUUUAUCAACCAAUCCACAUGGCAAUGGUCGCAACACGUGUAACCAGUACAGUAACAACAACAACGGCAACAACAACAAUUUCCGUAAUGCUCGUUACACUACCACCAAAAACAGUAGCAACAACAACAACAACAACAACAAGGGUAAAGUCGACCGUAAAAAUAACGUAUACAAUGGUGAUAUCAAUGGAAACUACGAUUCACGAAAACAAUCGAAAUACAAUACGAACAAUCGAAUGCGCGUCAAUGGGCACAGUUCAGGUUCGUCAAUCAACAAUGACAGCGGUGGUAGCGGCUACAGCAGCAGUUCGAGCAAUGAACAAAAGACUAGCGCAUCAAUGUAUGGCUAUGAUUUGGUCGGCGAUGAUUUUUUCAUGGAAAUGGCAAAAAUCGAUUUGGGAUGCUCUAUCACGAAUCGCAAACAUUUACAGCGAAGCGGUCUGUGCAUCUCCGGACAGCGUAUACGCGAUGCAACGGAACGCCUCAAACGAUUUCCAAACACAGAUAACAUGAAAAUCAUCGCUAAUCUCGGCACAGUUGAUAUUUUGCAUGGACGCGACCUCACUGACAUGUGUCAGGAUUACAUAGAUUUAGUGAAAAUCUGCGCGCAUCGCCGAAUACAAAUCGUUAUCACAACAUUGGCUCCAAUCGGCAAUCGCUUGCAUCUGCCAGAAGACGUCAAAAAAUUUAAUGAUUUCAAUGGGUUUCUCCUGACAAAAUUUGGCAUUAAACAUCAGGUCAUCAACAUCACCGCAUGUAUGGUGAACGAAAAAACCGGCAAAGUGUGGUUCGAUACAUGCUAUCAACCAACCCCAAAGUACGUUUCCGGUUCCGAUAAACCGCAUUUAUUGUGGAAUCGCAUUGGUCGCCAGCGUAUUUAUAAAGCGAUCAAAGCACGCUUGCGUUUUUAAGCAAACACGUAAGCUGCCCAAUUCCGAAUGACACACUGAUUCCUCUUUUUUUUAUUUAUUUGUUCAUUCAUUGUCACCGCCGAACACUGGCUGAAUAUUUAGCUUUAAGUUGAUAUUUCACAUUUUUAUAAAAUCAUUUACUAUUUUAUAACUUCAUUUUUAUGCUAACUACAGACAAAAAUAACCAAAAGCGAUAAAUUUCUAGUAUAGCAUUAAGGGUACAUACACAGCAACCAAGUCGAUGCAAGUCGUUUAGCUCAAAAAUUUAUAUCAUCUUUGUCUCAUUGUAAAAUUAUAACAAACCAGAAUGCCCGCUGUGGAAAUGCUUGAAUACGAUGUAAAACUUUUCUUCGAUUUAUUUUCUAACGCGUUAAAUGAAUCGAAUGAAGAUUUUUGCCGUCGUCAUUCACACCGACAUUUGUGAAGCUUAACGCUCCCAAUGGCCUUUCUUUUUGUAAACGUGUAGUAAGGCCAUUUUGGACCGUUUGCAAUUCGGUCGGUUUUUAUCAAGUCAUUUCCAUAUUGGCUAUUUUCAUUUUAAAACAAAUUGUUUGGAUCAGAAAAAAUGUUUAUAUCAAUCACAAAAGAAAUUCAUUGCAAUUUUUCCCCCACUUCGAAGAAGAAAAAAAGAAGUAAAUUGUACAUUAAAAAAUUCGUCGACGAGAUUUUUAACGUGAAUCUCUUCUUGAUUUAAAUCUGUUAAUGUUGUAAAAAUUGUUCCUUCUGGAAUUGGAUUUCAUUGAUCGAUUCCAAUUCCAAAACGAAAAAGACUCAAACAAACAGAUUUAAAUCGACGAUAGACCACGUUGGUUUUGCAAGUAUUUCAAUCAUUUGUGUACACACUUUUACAAACGAUUCAAAUAUUUCCAAAAUGCAUUCAUUACCGGUAAUGAGUUAAGAUUUUUCAGCCUAAUUUGAUUGUUAUUAUUACUUAUUUCUCUUAUUAAAAAUUAUAUGAAUAAAAAGUUGAAAAAAGUCUGAUCAAAAAAAA